AACUUCAGCGUGAUGGCAAGCAGAAUGGCAGAGCUGUCUGAAGUCAAAGCCGUAUUAGAGCGCUUAGUGGAUGCUGUGAUCUCGUCUUUUGCUAACUAUGACGUGACUCAAGACGUCGAAGUGCUGCCUAUCGGAGGCUACUUGUGGAAGUUCCCAUCUGAAGGCAGUAAUCGUAUUGAAACUAGCAAUGUAUUUCCUCCUCCUUCGCCUCAGCUUUGUGAUUAUCCGCGAAAAUGCGGGCAAUGUGGCGUGUGCUGGGUGUCCGACCGCGAGUUUGAACUCGACCAUUUACGACGCUGCUCCGUCGUGACGCAAGUCGACACCCAUGAGGAUACCAAGCAGAAAGCUGUAAAUUUUGGAGUACCGCGACGUGUGUGGUGUGAAGUGGAUGAAUCGUUUAGUCGACUACAAUGGCAUCAUGAUAGAGAUCUCCACAGUGGAGACAAUGCUUCCAAUUCCAUCGCAUUUGUCGAUAUUGCUGAGAUUUCUGUACUGGAUGAACCAGUGAACAGUUUUCAGAUUGUUACCAACGACCACCGCAGAAUAGUAUUUCAAUGGAGACCCGUAUCUGAGACUGGAAGUGUCCUGGAUCAUGUAGAGCUAGAUGCUCGUCAAUGGCAAGAAUAUCUGGAAGAACUCAGCAGAUACGCGCGAGAUUUGCCCUUGGAAGAACCAACGACCAGGUCGGUCGCAGAAUUAUUCAAAGAGAUUUCCGACUUGCUACUCAAUGAAAGUAAUGUCCAGCUUACGGAGAAUAGGUUCGGCUCAGUCUUAAAGAAAUGUGGCUACGCUUCAUCUCUAUGUGAUGACAAUGGCAAUUCGUUGGUGCAUUUGGCUAUCAGCCUCAAUCUUGGAGACAAAACAGCGGCUAUAGUUUCUGCGCUUCUUAAUAUGGGCAUCGAUUGUAACAUUCAAAACCACGAUGGUGAAAGCCCAUUGCUCUUAGUCGCAGCAUCAGGGGAUGUUACCACAGCAAAAGUCCUGCUUACCUCUCCAUCUAUUCAAGUUAAUCUAUCAUGUCCUCUCGGGGUCACAGCAUUCCACGCUGCAGCGAACGCUGGUGACGUUGAAAUGAUCCGACUGCUAUGUGAUGCCGGUGCACAGCCAGAAAAGCGAGAUGACAAUGGCUGGACGGCGCUCCAUUAUGCUGCUGCAUGCUCCACUGGGCUGGAAGCCAUUCAUUUUCUGUGUGAAAUGCUAAAUGAAGAUUUUAUUGACGCCCAAUGCAGCGAAGGAAAUACUGCUCUACAUGUGGCUGCAGGCUGCGGUUGCCUCGAAAACGUACGCGCUCUACUAGAGACUGCAGCCAGUCCGCAUAUAAACAAUUACAGUGGAGAAAGCGCUUACCACCUUGCACUGCGCAACCAUCACAUCCAAUGUGCGGUAGCUAUCAACGAUUAUCAAAGUAUACCCCCAGCUAGUUACACCCUACCACCCUCAAACCCAGCUAAGGAGACUGCGUUAUCUAGAGCUACAGCAGUGGAGUCGAAUGAGUGGAGAAAGGAAUAUGAAAGACAUGACAAAGGUGGAGAGUGGAUUGAAGGAUUUACGGAGGAUGGAUAUCCUUACUACUACAACACAAUGACGGGCGAAUCGUCUUGGCACAAGCCUGGGGAGUACCAGCUGCUAAAUGUACUGGAUCAAGAAUACAAUUCAGGAAUCCACGACGAAAUAGUAUCUGAAAAUGAUGAGGAUCCUUCUUACACCUUGGCGGUUGACCACGAGACUGAAAGCAUUCUCGGCGAUACAGCAGGACAACAGCUUCCAUUGUGCUUGAUCCCGAUGGUUAGUCCAUUGACCUCUCUUGACAACCCUACUGCUGCAGCGAGAUAUGAAACUGCACGUCGAAAAGCCCGCAAACAGCGAAGACGUCGGCAGUUAAAGCUGCAUCUCCUUCACGGCCAUUAA